AUGUUGUUCCUUGGCCUGGCCAGCAACCUGUCUAGAAGGAAGGAAGAGGAGGAGGCUCACCAGCCACUAUGUGAAACCAUGCUCCGCGUGUAUUGUUUUUUUCUUAUUUUGCUUAUUGUUAGAACGUCGUUACUGCCCUUUCCCCCCUCCCUUCUCCAGGCCGAAAGGGAAGCGGGUUCUCCCAUCGAACUCUCAUUCAGGAAGUUGCCGUAG